AUGGCUGACAGCAAAGCUCCACAAGGCCUUUCGGCCAAGCUCGACAAGAAGCGCAAGCGUCAGGCCGAGGAAACGACGAAGGAGGACAAGCCCGAACCCGCACCCGCAGCAGACUCGACCGCCGGCGGAGAAGGGUCGGGCAAGAAGAAGCGCAAGAAGAAUAAGAAGAACAAGGCGCAGUCCGAGCAGGAUGUCAAGUCGCAAGAUCGGAAGAGCGGGAUUGACGAAUCCAUUGGCAAAAUGGACGGGCGGUUGUUGGCCGACUACUUUGCUCAACGAGCGCAAAAGCUCGACAAGGAGCUUUCAGCCGUGGAAUUGGGUGAUCUUUCUGUUCCAGACUCUGCUUUCCUCGACACAACGUCGUUUGCCGAGCCACGGAAUCUGGAAAAGCUUCCCAGCUACCUCAAGUCAUUCAGCCCCAAGGGCGCCGACCUUGCAAAAGCAUCGGAGCAGAAAGGAACUCCGCAUACAUUGGUUAUUUCUGCCGCUGCACUCAGAGCUGCAGAUGUUGUCAGAGCACUUCGAAGCUUUCAAACGAAAGAGUCCAUUGUUGGCAAAUUAUUUGCCAAGCACAUCAAGUUGGAAGAGGCCAAGCAGUUCCUUGAGCGUGCGCGGACUGGAAUUGGCGCUGGUACCCCGGCUAGAAUAUCAGAUUUGAUUGAGUGUGGUUCCCUGAAGCUGGAUGAGUUACAGCGCAUCGUCAUCGACGGAUCUCAUAUCGAUCAGAAGCAGCGUGGGAUUUUCGACAUGAAGGAGACACAUUUCCCUCUUCUGAAGCUUUUGACACGACCAGAAUUGCGUGACAGAUAUGGCGCUUCGAAGAAUAAGGUGCAGAUUCUUGUAUUCUAG